GUCAGUUUCCCAAUAAUAAAACCUAGCUAUCAUCUGCCACACAGAGAAAAAAAAAACUUCAAAUUAUAUGAAUAGACAAGAGGAUAGUUUAUAGAUAACCCAGCAAGAAUUCCAACAUUGAUUACAUCACUUUAUAUUAAAUGUUAAUUGCUUAUCAAAUAUAAUUUCUUACUAUAUGUAAAGAUGAUUGAAUCUUACAAAUGCCAUGAUUGAAUAUGAACAAGAGAUGAAGAGUAUAGAAGAUUGAAAAACAUAGUCAAAGUUUUAUAGGAAUCCAAUGAAAUCAUAAUCGAAACUAUUCAAUAAAUUUUGAUCUCAUCUCAAAUACAUAACAAUCGUCCCUAAUAUAAGUAUAUUCUAACAUGUCGAUAACACAUUAAUUAUUUUACCCUGGAAUCACGGGGUAAAAUCUCAAAAAUACUCAUUGAUCACUACUAAUUUGCCAUCCUAGUUUAUUGUAAUAGUAAUUUGGUUUGAUUAUAUGUAUUGAAAUAACCUCAACAAUAUAUAACAUAUCAUUAUCAAAACUAGUGGUGGCUAAAUCAAUUUUGAUCCCCCCCUCUUCUCAUUUACAUAGCACCCUCACCAUCUCUCAUCUACCAUAAUUGUAAUAAUCCAGACUAAUUAAAGUUAAUCAAAUCCCUAAUCCUCCAUAACUCAAAGAGAGAUAGCUAGCUAGAGUCUAGAGAGAGAGAGAGAGAAACAACAACUCAAAGAAAGAAGGAAAGAAAUGGACAUACCUCUCUUCCCACCAAAAGAUCAUCACCACUCCUUCUUCCCUCCCACCCAACCCCUCGACACCUCCACCACCACCGAUCCCACCGCCGUCGCCGCCCCCAACGGCGGCUCCACCGACAAAUGGGCGGCGCCGCUCCUCCGUGAGUGCGCCCGCGCCAUCGCCGACAAGGACACGGCCCGCAUCCACCACCUCCUCUGGAUGCUGAACGAGCUCUCCUCCCCUUACGGCGACUCCGACCAGAAGCUGGCCGCCUACUUCCUCCAGGCCCUCUUCUGCCGCGCCACCCGCUCCGGCCCACGCUGCCACCGCACCCUCUCCUCCGUCGCCGACCGCAGCCACAGCUUCGACUCCGCCCGCAAGCACGUCCUCAAGUUCCAGGAGGUCAGCCCCUGGACCACCUUCGGACACGUGGCGGCCAACGGCGCCAUCCUCGAGGCCCUCGACGGGGAGCCCCGGAUCCACAUCAUCGACCUCGGCAGCACGCUCUGCACCCAGUGGCCCACCCUGCUGGAGUCCCUCGCCACGCGCCACGACGACACCCCGCACCUCACGCUCACAGUCGUGGUCCCCGCCGCGGCCGCCGCCGUCAUGAAGGAGAUCGGCCAGCGGAUGGAGAAGUUCGCCCGGUUGAUGGGUGUGCCCUUCGAGUUCCGCGCCGUCGCCGGACGGCUCGCCGACCUCACGGGAGACCAGCUCGCCCUCGCGGUCAACCACAACGCCACGCACGACUCCAAAUUAGCGGGAGCGGCGGUCGCGGUGAACUGCGUGGGGGCGAUGAGGAAGCUGCCGCGGGGAUCGGACAGGGCGGCGGCGAUCGAGAAGUUCCGAUCCCUCUCCCCGAGGGUGGUGACGGUGGUGGAGGAGGAGGCGGACUUCGCCGCCGGGGAGGGGAAUUUCGUGGGGUGCUUCGAGGAGUGCCUGCGUUACUACACGGUGUACUUCGACAUGCUGGAGGAGAGCUUCGCGGCGACGAGCAACGAGCGGCUGAUGCUGGAGCGGGAGAGCGGGAGGAACAUGGUCAGGGUCCUGGCGUGCGACGACGACGACGAAGACGGUAACAACGACGCCGUUUCGGAGUGGGAGAGGAGGGAGAGGGGGAGGCAGUGGGCGGGAAGGAUGAAGGAAGGAGGGUUCGCGCCGGUAGGGUUCAGCGAUGACGUCAUCGAUGACGUCAAGGCGCUGCUGAAGAGGUAUCGGACCGGGUGGGAGCUGGUGAAUAAUAAUAAUAACAACAAUGGGAAACAGGAUCAAGGGCCGGGAUUAGCGGGUGGUCAGCAGCAAGGCGGAGGAGGAGGGGACAGUAAUCUGUUUCUUAAUCAUGGUUUUGAUCAUAAUGAGGGUAAUAAUGAUCAUGGUAAUGGUGGUGGUGAUGAUCAAACGCCUGGUCUUUUCUUGACCUGGAAGGAUGAGCCCGUGGUUUGGGCUUCAGCUUGGAAACCCUAGAAAGACAAAGAUUACAUUUACAGUACUACACAGUACUACACAUUUUUCUUUCUUAUGAGAGGAGGAAUUUGUUUUAGAUGGAGCUUGCUUGCAGGUCAUUUUUGGUAAGCAUACAGAUUGAUAUCGAUGGAGUAGAUAGAUAUAAUGUUGUAAGAAUCCAAACAUGUAUGGAUCGGAGUAGGAUAUCAAUGUAUGUAUAGCUGGAGGUCGUAAAAUGAAUCAUGUGUGGAAUCUUUUCUAGCUUUUUUUUCGUGGUAUUUUGUAUUCUUUGAUGUUUUGAUGAUGCUAAAGUUGUCGGGUUUAUGGUGGGGAACAACGAAAAAGAAAAUCGUUAUUUGUUAUUUGACGAGCAACCAUUCUGCGAAACAAGAGAGUUAUGUGUUUUGCAGAUAAAAGAGAUCAAACUCACCAGCAAAUUUUGAUACUUCGCAAUAUAUAUGACACAUUUUA